CUCCCACAACCGACUCCCUUUUCAUGUAGUCCACACUGAGCUCUCGUGAUCUCACUAUUUUGGCUUUUACUGCACGGUUUUGCCAGUGAUUUCAUGGUUGCUGAUCGUUUCAAGUGCACUGCUUUUUUUUAUUUUUAACAUCAUUUCGCUCUGGCCACUUUCAUCUUUUAUGCUGCAUGCAGUCGGUGGGCUACUUCUCUAGUUGAUCUUUUAAUUUGAAAGUGUUUUAAUGAGAUGCAAUUUGCUUUACGAUUGAAUUCGAUGUUGCGCGUUGCUACUUUUACAGAAGUUUCUUCAGUUUCAAUAUAACAUUUUCCCUCGCCGCAUCCUGGUUGUUUGCAGCGCGCGACGGAUCAAUGGAUUAAUUAUCACAUCUUCACAUCAGUUUACACACAACUGGCGUGUACUCUUGUUUGUUUGUAAGACUCUCUCUCUAAGGGUUUUUAAAAAUGAGCGAAAUAAACACCGAGGAGGACAGUCAACAAGAAAACGGAGACCUCGGCAGCAAGGACUCGGAGCGUCAGCUUCGCCUGAGACUGUGCGUUUUAAACGAGAUAUUGAACACUGAACGGGAUUACGUGAGAAACUUAGCAUUUCUGCAGUCGGCUUUUCUCCAGAGAAUAAGGCAGACUGCAGAAAACCAACAAUGUCUCACUCCAGAGCAGUUCAAGAUCUUAUUUUCCAACAUUGAGUCCAUUUUGGAAGUCCAUCGUGAUUUUCUUUCCACUCUGGAUGCCAGUUUGCAGCCUGAACCCCAAGCACACCAUUCUCUUGGACAUGUGUUCCUCAAGUUUAGGGACCGUUUCUCUGUGUAUGGCGAGUACUGUAGUAACCACGAGAAAGCACUCAGACUACUGAUGGAGCUUAACAAGAUCCCUCACGUACGGACUUUCCUACUGCACCUCAUGUUGUUAGGAGGAAAAAAGAGCACAGAUGUUCCUCUUGAGGGGUAUCUCCUCUCUCCCAUUCAGAGGAUCUGUAAAUACCCUUUGCUACUAAAGGAACUUUUGAAGAGGACCCCUAAGAAGCAUUCAGACUACCCGGCGGUAGAGGAGGCCCUGCAGGCCAUGAAAGCCGUGUGCUGCAACAUCAACGAGACCAAGCGACAGAUGGAGAAACUAGAGGCUCUUGAGAUAUUACAGUCCCGCAUAGAGGGCUGGGAGGGGACGAACUUGACUGAUAUAUGCACCGAACUGUUGCUCCAAGGCAACCUUUUGAAGAUAUCAGCUGGAAACAUCCAGGAACGGGUCUUCUUCCUGUUUGACAACCUCCUAGUUUACUGCAAGAGGAAGUCCCGAGUGUCUGGGAAGAAAUCCACCAAAAGGACAAAAUCCAUCAACGGGCCGCAGUACGUGUUCAGAGGCCGCAUCAACACGGAGGUCAUGGAGGUCGAGAAUGUGGAAGACGGAACUGCGGACUAUCACAGUAACAACUACACAGUGACCAGUGGCUGGAAGAUUCACAACACGGCUAAAAACAAGUGGUUUGUGUGCAUGGCCAAGAACGCUGAGGAUAAGCAGAAAUGGCUUGAUGCCAUUUUAAAGGAACGUGAACAGCGAGAGAGUGAGAAUUUUUUCUUUGGUUUAUAA